GCGGGGCUCCCGCCCGCCCGCCGCCCGAGGGAGCCGAGCCGAGCCGAGCCGAGCCGUGCGGGCCGAGGGCGAUGUCGGCGCGGCCGCCGCUGGCCGAGAAGGCGCUGUCCGAGGCUUACGGCCGCCUCCGCUACCGGGACGCCUCGCUGCUCAUCUGGCAGCAGCAGCAGCGGCAACUGGAGAGCCGGCCCCCCGCCACCUACCUGAGCCGCAGCCGCAGCGCCUGGUACGCGCAGUACGGCAACCAGGCCAUCCUGGUGCGGGACCGGGGCAAGCUGGAGGGCGCCCGCGACACCGGCCAGUCCCGCUUCUGCGCCCUGAUGUGACCCGCCGCCUCGCCCGCAACGCGCGGUCUCUGCGCCCGGGAAGCAGCUGGCGGUCCCCUGGACCAGCUUCCGUGCCAUGGGGCCCCGCCUCAAGUGGCCGGCUGUUCCGACGGCUGUUCGGGGCCAGAAAGCCUGCCUUCCCGAUGGACCAAGGCUCCGGGUGA